UAAGAUUCACAGCCCCGCGUCUUACAAUAUGAUAGAAACGUGUAGUUUUUUCCUGUAGAUAGUUUACGACAACAGGCAUACCUCUAAAGAUACAUAAUUAAUCUAAUUCAUAUUCAUUUGAAUUAUUAUUAUUAUCAUCAUCAUCAUCAACAAGAACAACAAUAACAACAAAGAAACAAAAAACAAUGAAUAGCUAAUAGUAAUUAAAAAAAAAUUUCAAAUAUUUCAUGAUAUUUUCUAAUAAUAAUUAUAACAACAACAAAAAAAACCCAACCAAGUUAAAUAUUCAAUGGAUCUUGAAUCAUUAAAUAUACUUCAUGAAAUUUGUCUUUUCAAUGGAAUUCAAUAUAAAAAUUUAAAUGAUGAUUAUUUUUAUAACUAUAAAUUAUUUAUAUUAUUUAAUGGUUUUAAAAAAUGUAUUUCAUUACAAAAUUUUCCAUAUCUUACUGAAUUAAUUAUUAUAUCACAAAAUAUUAAUAAAAUAACAAAAUUAGAAACAUGUCCUAAUUUAAAAAAGUUAUGGUUAUGUGAAUGUCAUCUAAUAAAAAUUGAAAAUUUAAAUACAUGUAAACAAUUAAUUGAAUUAUAUUUAUAUGAUAAUAAUAUUAAAAAAAUUGAAAAUUUAACAAAUAAUAAUAAACUUGAAUAUUUAUGGUUAAAUAAUAAUCAAAUUUAUAAUAUUGAAGGAUUAAAUCAUUUAAAAUUAUUAAAACAAUUAAAUUUAUCUGGUAAUCAUAUUAUAAAUUUAAAUAAUAAUUUAUUAUAUAAUCAACAAUUAGAAAUGAUAUCAUUAUCUGGUAAUCAAUUAUGGAAUAUUAAUGAUAUAUUAUUAUUAUCAAAACUUCCAUAUUUAAAAACAUUAAAUAUUAAUGAACCAGAAUAUAAAAAAAAUCCAUUAUGUUAUAAUAUUAAUUUACCAAUGAUAUUAAUUUAUCAAUUACCACAAUUAUGUAAUAUUGAUUAUAUUAAUAUUGAUUAUAUUGAUUUAAAAUAUACAAUUAAUAUAAUUAUAAAAAAUAAAAAAUAUUAUUAUAUGAUGAAAUAUGAACAUUAUCAAACAAUUAUUGAAAAUAAAAUAAAUUCAUUAAAAUUAUUAUUAAAUGAAUUAUAUAAUAAAAUUGAUAUUCAUAUAAAAUAUCUAGAUAAAACAUUAAAAUUAUUACAAAAUAUAAUAAGAAAACAAGAAAAUAUGAAUAUAUUGUAUGAUUAUCCAAUUUCAAUAAAUUUAAUACAUGAACUUAAUCAAAAAAUCAAUGAUUGGGAAAAUAUACAUGAUCAAUAUAAAUCAAAAUAUAAUUUAUUAUAUAACAGAUUACAAGAACAUUUAAAUUUUCGUAAACAUAUUUAUGAUUUAGAAUUACAAAUGUUUGGUUAUAUAGAAAUAAAUGAAAUAAAUAAUAAAGAUAAUUUAUUUAUUGAUUGUAAUGAAUUUCUUAAUACUAGAUUUUGUUAUCAUGAUGAAAAAACUAAAUCAAUAAUAAAUGGAAUUAAAAUUUUACAUUUAUAUAAAAUCAAUAAUAGAAUAUUUAAUCAAAAUUUUAAUAAGAAAUAUAAACAAUGUUUUCAAUCAUCAAUUACUAAUUUAUCGAUUAAAUAUUCAACAUUUUCUAAUUAUUUAUUUAUUGUAUGUCCUGAAAAAAUUGAUGAAUUAAAAUUAUAUAUUAAUAUUAUUCGUAAUGGAUUACAAAUCGGUGAUCAAUAUAAAUUAACAAAUAAUUUAAAUAUAGCAGAUAAUAAAAAUUUACAAAUUAUAUAUCAAUAUAUUUCUGAAGGAAAUUUAAAUCAUUAUGAUCCUAUAGCACGUUUACUAUUAAUUAAAGUAUCUAUGUCAACUAAUCACAACCUUAAUAAUAAUGAUAAUAAUGAUCAAAAAGAUCAAACAUGUUUAGAAAACAUUAAAUUUUAUGAAAAUCAAUCAAAUUGUUAUUGUUUAUCACAAAUAAAAAAACCUGAUCUCUUAAAAAAUAAAUUAUUUUAUCCAGAAUAUAUUGUAGAAUUAGAAUAUUUAUUAAAAAAUAAUCAAUAUAAUUCAAUAUUUGAUCAGUUCAAUAUAGAAACUAAUAUUGAAUUAAAUAAUAAUUUUCAAAUAUAUGAUGAAAAAAUAAAAAAUGAUCAAAAUUUUAUAAAAUCAAUAUCUAUAUUAUCAUCAAUAGAAGAUGAUAAUAAAUUAUAUCAUUUUAAUGAAAUUAUAAAUAAUUCUGAAUUAUUACAUAAUUCAAUUAAUUUUUAUUUCAAUCAAACGAAUUUAUUUUUAAUUGAUUUUAAUAUUAUAAAAAAUUUACAAUUUUUUAAUUUUUCUAAUCUUACUUAUUUAAAUAUAACACAUUGUCAAUUAGAAAAUUUAUCAUUUAUUCAAUGUAAUAAUAUAAAUAAUAAUUUAAUCACAUUAAUUAUUAAUCAUAAUCAAUUAAAUUCAUUAGAAUCAAUAGGAUAUAUGCCUAAUCUUAUUGAACUUCAAGUAGAUUAUAAUCAAUUAAUAUGUAUUAUUGAUAAUGUAUCAAUUUUAUUAAGAAAUACACCAAAAUUAGAAAAAUUAUCAUGGCGUUAUAAUCCAUGGAAUAUUGAUAAAUUAGUUAAAUUAUAUACAAUUCAUAAAUUAUCUUCAAUUAAAUUAUUGAAUUUUCAAUUUAUUCAUUAUGAUGAUAUUCAAUUAGCUAAUAAAUUAUUCAAUUCAUCUAUAAUCACAUCAAAUAUGAUUGAAAAUUUACAUAGUAAUAAUAAUAAUAAUCAGUUUGAUCAAUAUAAUGAAUUUGAUCAAAAUUUAACUUUAUUCCCUAUUGCUUAUUAUCAUGAUUAUCAUUAUCAUUAUUAUCAAUAUUUAUAUAAUAAUCCAAUAAAAUUAAAUAAUUUAAAUUUGAUUACAUCAUUAUGUUUACAAUCAUUAAAUAUAUAUAAAAUUGAACAUUUAAAUAAUUUAACAAAUUUAAAAUAUCUUUCAUUAAAUUAUAAUUAUAUAAAAAAAAUUGAAGGUUUAAAUAAUUGUAUCAAUUUAAUUGAAUUAUCAAUUGAAUAUAAUUUAAUUGAAUCAAUUGAUAAUAUUAAUCAUUUAAUUAAACUUCAAUCAUUAUUAUUAAGUAAUAAUAAAAUUAAAAAAAUGAAUAAAUUACAAUUUAAAUCAUUAAUUAAUUUAUAUAAAUUAAAUUUAAGUAAUAAUCAAAUUUAUACAAUUGAUGGUAUUUAUUAUUGUCAACAAUUAAUUGAAUUAUAUCUUGGUAAUAAUCAAUUAAAUCAUUUUAUGAAUAUUUUAUAUUUAAAAAAUUUAUUAAAUUUAAAUAUUUUAGAAUUAUAUGGUAAUCCAUUAUGUAAUUUAAUCAAUAAUUAUAUAUAUCAAUUAAUUUAUUAUAUCAAAUCAAUUAAAUCAAUUGAUGGUUAUGAAAUUACAAUAAAUGAUUUUAUUAAAUCAAAUGAAUUAUAUUUUGGUCAUUUAUCUUAUGAAUAUUUAUUAAAUUAUUUAAAUAUUAAUCAAUUUAUAAAUAUAGUAGAAUUAAAUUUAUCAAAAUGUAUGUUAUAUAAAAUUGAUUAUAUUGAUCCAAAUCAAUUAAUACAUUUAAAAUGUAUUAAUUUAGAAAAAAAUUAUUUAAAAUCAUUUGGUGGUUUAUUAUUUUUUAAAAAUUUACAAAUUAUUUGUUUAAAUGAUAAUAAUAUAGAAAGUUUAUUUUCAAAUCAUAUUUAUACAUUAGCUAUAAAUGAUAAUAAUAAUAAUAAUAAUAAUAAUAAUAAUAAUCAUCAUCAAAAAAUCGAUCCCAUUGAUUUACAGUUUAUUAAUUUAUAUAAAUCAAAACAAUUAAUUUAUCCAUAUUUAAAUGUAUUACAUUUAGCUAAUAAUAAUAUACAUUCAUUAAAACAAUUUCAAUUUCAUCGUAUGAAUAAUAUUCAAACAUUAUUUUUACAAAAUAAUGAAUUACAUACAAUUAAUGGUAUAGAAGGUCUUAAUCAAUUAAAAGAAUUAAUAUUAGAUAAUAAUAAAAUUAAAUUAAUAAAUGAAUUAACAUUUUUAUAUAAUUGGACAUUAAAUGAAAUACAUUUAGAAAAUAAUAAUAUUAAUGAAUUAAAUCAAUUAAGUAAAUUAGAAAAUUUAAAACGUUUAUAUAUUGGUUGUAAUAAAUUAAAUAAUUUUAUUGAUUUAGAAAAUUUUGCUAAAAAUCAACAAAAUUUAUAUGAAAUUUCAUUAAUUUCUAAUCCAAUUACAACAAAACAAAUACAUCGAUUUAUAUUAAUAUAUUAUAUACCUAAAUUACAAAUUAUUGAUGGAAUACAUAUAACUAAAGAAGAAAGAGAUAAUAUUUUACAUUUUUAUGAAGAAAAAAUAUUAUCAAAUAUAAUUAAUUAUGGAAUAAUUCAAUCAUCUAAUUGGUAUAAUCAUUCUAUUAGUAAAGUAUAUAAUCCAGUAUGUGAAAUUACAUUACCAGAGAUCAUUAAUAAAAAAUCAAUAAUGAAUGGUCUAAAAAUCAAUGAUAAUUUACCUAUAUCAAUGAAUUCUAAAGAAUAUCAAACAGUAUCUGUAUUUGGUAAACAAAUUCAUCAAAAUAUUACUAAUACUAAUGAUGAUUAUUUAAUGAAUAAAAUAAGAUUAAAUAAUUUAUCAAGAAAUAAUCUUUCUAUUCAAUCAGAUAUUAAUGAGAAAAAUGCAUUAACUAUUAAAAGUAUUCAUAAUUCAAAUCAUUCAUUUAUUGGUAACUUAAUUCAUUAUCAACAUCAAUCUAUAAAACAAAAGAAUCAAUACUCAACGUCAGAAAUUAAAAAUCUAUCAAUGAAUUCUUUUACAAGACCACAUAGUCAAACGAAUAAAGUUAGUCAAUUGAAAUCAUUAAAACAUAAUAAAAAUAAUAAAAAUAAUAAUAAUAAUAAUAAGAGUCGUAUAAAAGCUAUUACAAAUAUUACUAUCAAUACUGAUAAUAAUAGUAAUCGAAGUAGUAAUAGUAAUCAAUUGAUCAAAUUCAGUGCAAUGUCAACAAAUCUUCAACAUUGA